AUGAGCCGGCAACUGAAUAUCAAGUCUGGUGGUGACAAGGGGGGCUUCAGUGGGCACUCGGCAGUGGUGCUGAGGAAGGUUGGGGGCAGCGCGGCUUCUUACCGUGCACCCAGCAAAGGAGCUGGUGCUGCCUUCGGAAGCCGAAGCCUCUACAAUCUCUGUAGAGGGGAUCUCUGUAUUCCCCGCAAGGUGGCUGGCAGCAGUGUUCGGACUGGAGGUUACAACUUCAGGCUUGGCUCUGGGUAUGGAGGGGGCCAGGCCAGCGGCUUUGCCAGCAGUAUGUUUGGCAGUGUGGUCCUGGGGCCUGUGUGGCCAUCCAUGUGCCCACCUGGGAGCAUCCACCAGGUCACCGUCAACAAGAGUCUCCUGGUUCCUCUCAAUGUGGAACUGGACCCGGAGAUCCAGAAGGUGCGCACCCAGGAACGGGAGCAGAUCAUGGCACUGAACAACAAGUUUGCCUCCUUUAUUGACAAGGUGAGGUUCCUGGAGCAGCAGAACCAGGUGCUGAGGACCAAGUGGGAGCUGUUGCAGAAGCUGGACCUGAACAACUGUAGGAAAAACCUGGAGCCCAUCCUCGAGGGCUACAUUGGCAACCUGUGCAAGCAGCUGGAAAUGCUGUCCGGGGACCGGGUGAGGCUGGACUUGGAGCUGAAGGGCAUGCGGGACCUGGUGGAGGACUAUAAGAAGAGGUAUGAGGUGGAGAUUAAUCAGCGCACAGCAGCCGAGAACGAUUUUGUGGUGCUCAAAAAGGAUGCAGAUGCAGCCUACAUGGUCAAGGUGGAGCUCCAGGCCAAAGUGGACUCUCUGGACAAAGAUAUCAAGUUCCUUAAGUGUCUGUAUGAUGCGGAGGUGGCCCAGAUCCAGACUCACACCAGUGAGACCUCUGUCAUCCUGUCCAUGGACAACAACCGUGACCCAGACUUGGACGGCAUCAUUGCCGAGGUUCGAGCCCAGUACGAGGACAUCGCCCUGAAGAGCAAGGCUGAGGCCGAGGCGCUGUACCAGAGUGAGAUCCAGGAGCUGCAGCUGGCGGCCGGCCGGCACGGGGAUGACCUCAAACACACCAAGAACGAGAUGUCGGAACUGAACCGGCUCAUCCAGAGGAUCCGCUGUGAGAUUGCAAAUGUGAAGAAGCAGUGUACCAACCUGGAGACGGCCGUCGCUGAUGCCGAGCAGUGGGGAGACAGUGCCCUGAAGGAUGCCCGGGCCAAGCUGGAUGAGUUGGAAGCUGCCAUGCACCAGGCCAAGGAGGAGCUGGCUCGGAUGCUGCGUGAAUACCAGGAGCUCAUGAGCCUGAAGCUGGCCUUGGACAUGGAGAUCGCCACCUACCGCAAGCUGCUGGAGGGCGAGGAGUGCCGGAUGUCUGGGGAGAAUCCCUCCUCUGUGUGCAUUUCUGUCAUCAGCAGCAGUGCAAGCAGCUUCGGCUCCCACCCUGGCUCCUUGGCCAGCACUGACCUUGGGGCCAGCACCAUCACCAGCACAGUGACCAGCAGCUCCAGCAGCACCAGAAGCGGGCAGACUAGGGCUAAAGGGGCACGAGUGGGAGACCCCAAGGACUCCCAAGACAAGAGCGCCCCAGUCAGCGACCGGGCCAGGAAAGCUGCCCGGUAA